AAAAGUUUGGGAACCACUGGCUUAGCCUUUGUGUAACCGAUGAUGUUGAAUUCAUCGUAAUUACAGCAGGAUAUCAUGGAGCUUGUCUUCCUUCGAUGUGUUUCUGUUUUGUAGGAAUGUCCUCCUGCGAUGUCCUUGGACAGACUAACCACUGAAAAUAGUCAGCCUGAAUCUGACUGUGUGUGUGUGUGUGUUUUCCAGAACAACAGGACAGUAUGGCCACCACUGUUGCUGUCAGUCCCAGUGAAUACCUUCAGCCCUCCAACGUUUCCAUACAAGACCACCAGCCCUCUCCUCUCGCCCUCCUUGCCGCCACCUGUAGUAAAAUCGGCCCUCCUGCUGCUCAGGCUCCCGUCACUUCUCCUCCAGCUCAGCCUCAGCCUCGCCGCCUCCUCCCCAUAAAACCUGCUCCCAUCGCCCCCGCUCCUCCCAAAAACCUGGGCUUCCUCUCAGCCAAGGGCAAUGUGAUCCAGCUUCCUGCCGGCCUGGGCUCCUCGGCGCCCGGCAGCCCCAUCGUGCUCACAAUCCAGCAGAGCCCGGCCCGAAGUAACAACUCUGCACCCGCCAAUAUCCAGUACCAGAUGAUGCCUCAGAUCCAAGGGGCUCAGACCAUCCAGAUGAUGCCACAAGGAGGUCAGAUCCAACUCAUACCGGGCACAAACCAGGCCAUAAUCACCACUCCCAUGACGGUACCUUCCCAAAACGCUGCCAACACUCCCAUCACACCACAGAAGAGUUUAGCUAUCAAACCCUCCCCCAGAUCGCGGAAAUCAAACAACUCCCACGUGGUGCAGCUGCCCGGCGGGAUCACGCUGCCGCUCAGCGUGGCGACGGGAGAGAUGGGCGGGACUCAGUUUAUCACGGAGACAGCAGCGGCUCCAGCGAAGGGGAGAAGAGGCAGGAAGAAGAAGAUAGUUCUGAAUGCUUAUGCUCCGCCUCCUGCUCAGCCUCCCUCUCCAACAUCAGAGAUGGAGACCAUACUGAUCGAAGCUGGAGACAACAUCAUCCAGGCGGGAAACAACCUCCUGAUCGUCCAGAGUCCUGGUCAGCCGGCCAUGGUGCAGCAGGUCCAGCUGGUUCAGUCCAAACCGGAGUCUCAGGUGGUUCAGAUCCCCCAGCAGGCUCUGAAGGUGGUGCAGGCUGCAUCCGCCACAUUACCCACAAUCCCUCAGAGACACUCAGCCCCCUCGAGCCUGCAGGUCACCCAAUCAGAGCCAACGCCAACACAGUUCCUCUUCAAAACAGCAUCAGGUGAGUGGCAGACGGUUCAUCUCCAGGACUCGGUCUCCACCUCAUCGACCCAAACCACUGCGGUCGUCACCAACUCCCCGCCGCAGGCCAGCAUCAAGAGGACGCUUCAGGGCGGGAAGAAGGAACGAACUCUGGCUAAAAUCGCUCCUGCGGGGGGAAUGAUUUCGUUAAACACGUCUCAGCUGACUUCAGCGACGCAGGCCGUGCAGACGAUCAGCAUCAAUGGGGUCCAGGUGCAGGGAGUUCCUGUCACCAUCACCAACGCUGGAGGCCAGCAGCACCUCACAGUUCAGGCGAUACAGGGUGGAGGCCUCCAGCUGGCAACGUCUCCGGGACAACCCGCCCUCCAGAUGGAGCAGACGCUGACCCUGGAGCUGCCCGGACAGCAGGGAGAGAAGAAGAGACGCAUGGCCUGCACCUGCCCCAACUGUAAAGACGCAGAGAAAAGGCCGGGGGAGAUUGGGAAGAGGAAGCACAUCUGUCACGUUAUAGGCUGCGAGAAGACGUUCAGGAAAACGUCGCUUCUCAGAGCUCACGUCCGGCUGCACACCGGAGAGAGACCCUUCGUCUGCAACUGGGUUUUCUGUGGGAAACGAUUCACACGCAGCGACGAACUGCAGCGGCACGCCAGGACGCACACAGGAGACAAGCGCUUCGAGUGCACCCAGUGUCAGAAACGCUUCAUGAGGAGUGACCACCUGACGAAGCAUUAUAAGACUCACAUUAACACCAAGAACCUGUGAGCUGCUGCCCAACGUUUACACAGACAAACUCUAUGAAACUAAAGACUGUAUUAGAGGACGGAGGGGCAGAGGAGACGAUACCAAGGGAGUGUCUGUGACUUCUCCCGUUAUGGGAAAUACUCCAAAAAAAGUCCCUAUAUCCUCUCUCACUCUGGACACUGUGUAGCGUGGUGUACAAAUAAAACCUUCCUAGUGGACUUCAGACGGAUCCAGCAAACGUUUGAAUAAUAGUUUUAUGUAUCUUUUUUUCCUCGAGCUCCGACUGACCGUGCAAAAAAUGAUGGGGAUUCAGACGCUUAUUUGCUUAUUUAUAAACCUCUCUGGAUGAAGAUCAUACAUGUUAUUAUUCAGACGCCAAGACCACAAGACUCUAUAUACAGUUCCCCUCUUUUUGUAUUUUUUUAUUUCCCCCACUUGGUUUUUCACUUGUUUGUAGUGAGUAAGAGCUCCUAAAAAUUGGCUUUAAAGCACCAAAAAAGGCAAAAAUAAUACAAUUGUUUUGUACAUUUCAUAGAAAUAUGUUUUACCUCAUUGAAAUGGUAAUAAGUGGUGUUUAAGAUGUUUAAGUUAUUUGUGUUUUAGCAGGAGUGUCUGCUGAUUUAAAACCUGUAAAUCCCCCUAAAAAACAGUUAAACACAAAAAAUGAACUCCCCUUACAGACUUUUGGAAACCUUUAGAAGUUUACAUUGGCUAUUUUUUAAAGUGUGUGUAUUCAUACUAAUAAACAUAACAUUAUUAAUGAUAAUAAACUAACAAUUUUGUAUACAAUUGUUAGAAAUUCAUUCACAAAUAUGUAAACAGAUCUUGACAUAGAAAAAGAAAUGAGACGCAGAAGACUAUGUAAAGACAAGGACUAAAACAAAACAGCAGAAAUCUUUCAGUCUCUGGCUUAGAAAAAGUUUUCAUAUGCAGUCGAGGACCAGAAGUCACUGAGCCUUUAAAAAAAAAAAUGGAUAUUUCAAAAUCAACUUCAAAAGAAAAUAGGGAAAUCUGAGCAGUUUAGUAAUAUAUUGGUGAACAUCCAGCUGGAAAUUAUACAUAUUGUAGUCCAAAUACAACAUUAAGGACACAUAUCAAUGUCAGAAAACGUUACAAAAUAAAUUAAAUACAUUUGGCUUAGUCUGAGAUAUGCAAGAUUGAACAUUACAUUUCAAGUAUUGACCAUUUUGGUCAAGAUUAAGGAACAUUUCGACUUAAAGAAAAGCUGGUUAAGGGGCUUAAGUCUUCUAUUAUGAUUAGGUGUAAUGUCACAAAGUUCAAACAUAUAAUUAGAGAAUGAUGGAGGACCCAGGCUUGAUCCUUGUGGAACACCAACUAUGAUUAUACCAAAUGUUCUGAGUGAUUGGUCAGUAUGUUAAUGAUAUAAAAGCAGGAUGUAAUCUAUUACCAACUUCAAGGAAAUUAAACUCUUAUUAUUAUUGGAUUAAUUUAGAGGAAACUGUUAAGUAUCAUGUUUUUUAGGAGUUUGUGACUGAAUCAAUAACUUGAUGUCAUUAUUUCACAUAUAAAUCAAUGUAACUACCUAGAAAUAUCUUCUUUUUUAGAGAAGUACUGCAAAAACGUUCACAUUUCUGGAAUACUUUUUAAUUCCCUGGGUUGUCAAGGGGCUGAGUUGUAAACCCUGAAACAAUAAUUAAGUAUAUAAACUAAUAAUAACAAACUAUCACAACAACUUUUAUAAUAAAGUUUGAGAAAUACGGUCAAAGAGGUCUCUUAAGUCUCCAGGUGCUAAGGAUUUAAUUCAGUUCAAUAUGAGUUGGUUUUCCAUCUUCGAUAUUACAAAAGGUACGUCUAGGGCUGGGUAUCGAAGUUGUCAUUUAUUGAGAUUUCUAAUAUUUGGCUUAGAGUUCGUUCUCAGAACUUGUUCUUUAUCACAUAUUUGGGUGGUUUUAACACAGUUCUCUGUUAGGUUCUUGAAUGGCUGCUUGUGUUUUUAGACAUUUUAUUUUAACAUCGGACCGGAAAUGUUUUUUGUUUUUUUAUUCAAAUGUUUCUACUUCAUCUUGUUAGGUAUCAAAAAAAGAACGAUACCCAGCCCUACCUACACUAUGUGUACUAAUAAAUAACUAGGGUAACUGUUAUUCUGCUUCACUCAUGGUAUCAUUUUGAUUUGAGGAUUUGUAGCCUAUGCAUUGCUGUAUAUACGAUCAGUUUUACAAUGAUUUGGCCUAACUUGACAAUCCCUCGCCAAGAUGAAAAAGUUAUCUUUCUCAGGCCUUUGAUUUGUUGCUUUAUACAUGCCUUUAUUCCAGCUAUGUGAUAGCUUUAAUUCUAAAUUAACACUUUUUGUUGAUAAACAGAUGACCAGCAUUAGACCUACUGUACAGUAUUCACAUCAUUUACUUUAAUGUCUCGUGCUUUACAGAAAACAUUGUUGCUUAUUUUUUUUUGAGAUAUUGAAGAUUAACUGACCUUUUUCCUGACAGUUUGAAGUCAAAUGUGUGCGGGGGUUCCUUUUGUUUAGAUAAAUACACCAAGCUAUUGUAAAAUAAGCUUUUUGGUCAAAUUAGCACGUUGCCAUCGGACAGCAGGUACCUCUGCUUUGAGUUUUCACUGUUUCAAUACAUGCUAAACAGCUUUGACCAAAAAGCUAAAGUCAGAUUUAUUUACUUUGAAGCAUUUUCCUCAAAGUGCUUCACAAGGGGCGACAGAUAAACUUAAGCUUACAUGCAGGUGGCCAAUAUUUGGUGUAUUUUUUCAAGAAUGUGUCUGAAGACAUGCUAUCGGGGGACGGAUAGACAGAGCGUGCUCAUAUUUAUGUUUGUAUUUCAUGUCUGCAUAAUGUAAAUACAGUGUGUGUCUGGUAGACACCGUAAAUGUAGGAUAUUAAAAACCCAAAAGUUAAGCUGCCUAGUGUUGUGGUCGGCGUGGCCGGCCUGAAGGAAACAGACUUUGUACAGUGUGUAAGGAAUAAAAUAUAAUGUGACAUUGUAUAGCUUCAUUCCUGCUUUGUAUAGGACUUCGAGAUCUUUUUUCUAUUGAAUUAAAGAUGCCUUAGACAGCUGCUCCCAGUAUUCAAAAGUAGUCUAAUUCCAGGUAACAACAUUUGUACAAUUAUUUUAUGUUUUUUAACUUCUGUUACAUGCUAAUGUAAUGUGCACUAAUUUAAAAUCCCAGGUUCCUAAAUUUGUAAAUUUGAUCUUCAUUGUAAUUCAGUUUAAUGAGAUUGUUCCAAAUUGAGACAUUUCUAUUGGUUGGUUUCGGUGAAUGAAAUGCGUCUCCUUCUCCAAGCCUGUAUGUUGUACAUUGUUCUGCAGCCAUGUGUUUUGUUUGUUUGGAGAACCCAGAGAACCAGCAAUUCCUUUUUUGUUACUUCUGUAAAGUUGCUGAAAAUAAAUGUUGCUCCUUUUCUACAGUCACCUCCCUUAAUAAAGAACUCCAACUAUU